AUGUUUCCAGAGAAAUUCGCCGCCCUUCAGUACCUCUACACGCGAGGUCACGUGGAGGAAAUGUUGGUUUCUCUCUCCCGCUCCCGCGCCUUUAAGCCGCAGGGUGGAAAGACCAAUUCAGAGUUCUUCAUCACGCUAGACCAGCGCUUCCUCAUGAAGCAACUCAAGCAGGCGGAGCUGAGGCACUUUGCCGAGUUUGGGCCCCAUUACUUCUCCCACAUAUCUCGCGUGUACGGCAAUCUGGAACGCCACGGCGAACAUGACGUUGCCCCACCGUGCGGCAGCGUGCUCUCUAAGAUUUUCGGUGUCUUUUCAGUGCACGUCAAGCAGACGAAGCGGUUUUCGGAAACGCCUGCCGAAGUUCGCUACUAUGCCUUGAUGGAAAACGUCUUCUUCUCCCACCAGGCCGACGUCACGUACGACUUGAAAGGAAGCCAACGAAACCGUACAGCCGUGGGGGGGUCGUCGGUUCUCCUCGACCAGGACUUUGCCAGCACGCUGCGGGACGGGGCCUUCUUCUACUGCACAAACGACAUGAAAAGUCUUCUCAUGGACAGUUUGACGGGCGAUGCCCACCUGCUGGCGACGUCUUCCAUCAUGGACUAUUCGCUCGUCGCCGCACUCAGCAAGGAAACCCGCCAGAUUUCCCUCGGCGUGAUUGACUACCUCCACCCCUACACCGGCGCAAAGGUGAUCGAGUCCAAGGUGAAGGCCGGCAUCGACACCGUGCUCGGGCACGCCGGGCGCGACCCCACAAUUAUAGACCCCGCGAGCUACCGCAUACGUUUCACGAGGCGGUUGGGGGGUUACUUCUGUGGAGUACCCGACAAAACGUUUGCUGCCCGACGCGCCAUGGCGAAGGAAAAGUACCGCGGCAAGAAAUAG